AUGGACAAGAAAUCCUUCAGGGUGAUCAUUGUGGGGGGAUCCAUUGCGGGGCUGACUUUAGCCCAUUGUCUCGACCGCGCCCAAAUCGACUAUGUCAUCCUGGAACGGCGGGCCGAGGUGGCUCCACAGGAGGGCGCCUCGCUCGGUAUUAUGCCCAAUGGAGCACGGAUCCUGCAGCAACUGGGACUCUACAGCAAACUCGAGGAGCUGAUACACCCGCUCAAGGAGGCCCACCUGAACUACCCCGAUGGAUUCAGCUAUACCAGUCAGUAUCCGAGGUUGCUGCGCGAGAGGUUCGGUUACCCGCUGGCCUUUCUAGAUCGGCAAAAGGUCCUGGAACUGCUCGGAGCCAGCCUGCCCUGCCCGGACAAGCUCCAUGUGAACACAAAGGUUUUCCGAGUCGACGAACUGGCCGACGGUCUACGCGUGCAUACUGCCUCCGGGGCCUGCUACGAUGGGGACAUUGUCGUUGGUGCGGAUGGCGUCCACAGCGUUGUGCGUCAAGAGAUGUGGCGCCUUUCUGGAACAUCCUCGACGCAUGAAAAGAAGCGAAUGCGGGUCGAGUACGCGUGCGUCUUUGGCAUCUCGUCGGCGCUGCCCAAUCUCCCGGCAGGGGAGCAAAUAACAUGCUACAACAAGGGCUGGAGCAUUCUCAGCGUCGUCGGAAAGAAUGGCCGGCUCUACUGGUUUCUGUUUUACAAGCUAGAUCGGAAAUAUGACUACAUGACCGCCCCGCGUGUCUCCACUGAAGAUGCUGUGCGUCGUUGCUCCGCCCUAGCCGCAGAGCCCUUCUGGCAAGAUAUCACCUUUGGAGACGUCUGGGGUGCUCGCGAGACAUUUAAUGUUACCAGGCUAGAUGAGUACGUCCUACCCGAGUGGACGUAUGGGAAUAUCAUUUGCAUCGGGGAUAGUGCGCACAAGAUCGCGCCUCAUACAGGCCAAGGAGCCAACUGCGCCAUGGAAGACGCCACAGCGCUAGCCAACGCACUGCAUCAAGCGCUGCAGCACAACCUAGAAAGGAACUACCGCCCAUCGCCCGCCGAAACCAGCCAACUGCUCAAGUCCGUCGCGGCCGCCCGUCGAGCGCGCAUGAGCGGCGUCGCCCACUCGGCCAAGAUGAGUACGCGCCUUCAAGCGCUUGAUGGACUCCUCUGCCGCCUGGUCGCGCGGUAUUAUUUCCCGUAUGCCGGGGAGAUGCUGGCGGACCUGGCGUCCAAGGGGAUUGCUGCUGGCGCGCCCAUGGUGCGCUAUCUUCCUGUGCCGGAGCGGUCGGGGCCGGGGUGGGACAUUUUUGGCAGGGAGAAGAAGAAGACGAAGAAGAACGAGAAGAACAGCAUCAAAAACAAGACGACAAGGAGCAGCCUGGGACGCGUGCUUUCUUCUUCUAUAGCCACGCUCGCGUCUAUUGCUCUUAUAUGCCUGCUUUGGUUUCCGGCGCAGCUGGCGGCGUUCUCUCGUAGCAUGACCAGGGGUUCGUUGACUGUUGAUUGGUGA